GAUACUAUUCACAGAAUACCUGCCAAGGCCAAGAAGACGAACCUAGAAUUUGGUGGUUAAGUUGAGAUUGUCAUUGGUUUCUGCGCGACCACAAAUAUUGUUUUUGCCCCUUGCUAGUCAACCAAAUUCACAAUGAUCCCCAAGGGCACACCUACUAUCACAUUAUCCAACAGGGAAAUCCGUGCUAUUCAGGACAAGGCACGGCAGCGGCAGGAACUACGAGAGUUCCUCAUCAAGGAAAAGUCGAACCCUUUUAAGACUGCUGCUGCAAUGGGAACAGGAUAUAUAAUGGAUCCAGCGUUUCAACGUUAUGAAGCAGCACAAAGUUUCAUGAGUGAAUGGACGCAUGGCAGACCAACUUUGAAAUCUGGAAUGUGGUUCUUGGGUGCUGUUAUUGCUCCAAUCGUUGGAAUUGGACUGUGGGCCCAUUUUACCCGAAAAGAAUUUGAGGGUAGAUGUCGACGUGGUGAAAUUUCCUACUUUGAUCGCAAUAACAAAUUUGUUUAAAAGUUAUCUCAUUGAUGAUUAAUGUUCAAUGCUGUAUGUAAAUAUUCCCCUUAAGUCUCUGCAUCUUUUAUCAUUUUAUCUGUCCCUCCUGUUACCAUUGGUAAUAGAUUUUUGACUUAGGGAAAUUAAAAUAGUUUGAAGACA